AUGGACGUGUACAAACAGACCUGCUACAACCUCCGUAAGGCAGUCAAAGAGUCACAACGACAGUACAGGGACAAACAGACCUGCUACAACCUCCGUAAGGCAGUCAAAGAGUCACAACGACAGUACAGGGACAAACAGACCUGCUACAACCUCCGUAAGGCAGUCAAAGAGUCAAAACGACAGUACAGGGACAAACAGACCUGCUACAACCUACGUAAGGCAGUCAAAGAGUCAAAACGACAGUACAGGGACGAACAGACCUGCUACAACCUCCGUAAGGCAGUCAAAGAGUCAAAACGACAGUACAGGGACAAACAGACCUGCUACAACCUACGUAAGGCAGUCAAAGAGGCAAAACGACAGUACAGGGACAAAAAGACCUGCUACAACCUCCGUAAGGCAGUCAAAGAGUCACAACGACAGUACAGGGACAAACAGACCUGCUACAACCUCCGUAAGGCAGUCAAAGAGUCAAAACGACAGUACAGGGACAAACAGACCUGCUACAACCUCCGUAAGGCAGUCAAAGAGUCAAAACGACAGUACAGGGACAAACAGACUUGCUACAACCUCCGUAAGGCAGUCAAAGAGUCAAAACGACAGUACAGGGACAAACAGACCUGCUACAACCUCCGUAAGGCAGUCAAAGAGUCACAACGACAGUACAGGGACAAACAGACCUGCUACAACCUACGUAAGGCAGUCAAAGAGUCACAACGACAGUACAGGGACAAACAGACCUGCUACAACCUCCGUAAGGCAGUCAAAGAGGCAAAACGACAGUACAGGGACAAACAGACCUGCUACAACCUACGUAAGGCAGUCAAAGAGGCAAAACGACAGUACAGGGACAAACAGACCUGCUACAACCUCCGUAAGGCAGUCAAAGAGUCAAAACGACAGUACAGGGACAAACAGACCUGCUACAACCUACGUAAGGCAGUCAAAGAGGCAAAACGACAGUACAGGGACAAACAGACCUGCUACAACCUCCGUAAGGCAGUCAAAGAGGCAAAACGACAGUACAGGGACAAACAGACCUGCUACAACCUCCGUAAGGCAGUCAAAGAGGCAAAACGACAGUACAGGGACAAACAGACCUGCUACAACCUCCGUAAGGCAGUCAAAGAGGCAAAACGACAGUACAGGGACAAACAGACCUGCUACAACCUCCGUAAGGCAGUCAAAGAGGCAAAACGACAGUACAGGGACAAACAGACCUGCUACAACCUCCGUAAGGCAGUCAAAGAGUCAAAACGACAGUACAGGGACAAACAGACCUGCUACAACCUACGUAAGGCAGUCAAAGAGGCAAAACGACAGUACAGGGACAAACAGACCUGCUACAACCUCCGUAAGGCAGUCAAAGAGGCAAAACGACAGUACAGGGACAAACAGACCUGCUACAACCUCCGUAAGGCAGUCAAAGAGGCAAAACGACAGUACAGGGAAAGCGAAGAUAACUGA